AUGUCUAGCCGAGUCAAAAACGACGCAAAGGAGGAAGAGGCAUCAGCAGCUGCGCGGGAGGUCAGCUUGGAGGCCAAAAUCCGCCACGAGCUCAUCCGGUCCGGAGAGCGCGAGCGGCUGAAGCGCCUGCUGCGCGACAAGCUCACCGAGUGCGGCUGGCGCGACGACGUCAAGCAGCGCUGCAGGGAGUACAUCCAGCAGCGGGGCCGCGACAACGUCACAGCAGACGACGUCGUUAGGCACGUGCGGCCGCAGGGCCGCGCCGCUGUGCCGGACAGCGUCAAGGCAGACCUCCUCAUGCAGAUCAAGAGCUUCAUGGUGCAGCUCUGA